UUGAAGCGGAUACAGAAAGAACUGAGUGAUCUGCAGCGAGACCCCCCAGCCCACUGUUCUGCUGGACCUGUUGGAGAUGACUUGUUUCAUUGGCAAGCCACUAUUAUGGGACCUUUCUGAAGCAGUGAAAGAUCAGUGAGUGUUUUGUCAGUGGUGAGCUGGAGUCCGUUGUGAUGACACAGCAGGAACUCUGGUGAUCGCAAAAAGCUUUUCUAUAGGUAGUUAUACUUUUGCCAUUGUUCUUUAAAAACCAUGUUCAUUCACAUACUGAGUCAUUCUGCUCUUGACCUUCUGCACUAUUUAAAGGUGAAUGGCAGAACAGCAAAGAAUAUAGGGUUACAAAAAGUUUGUAUGCUGAUUUGCCGCCAGUGAUGUCUCUGUCCUGAAUGACCUGAGUAAGGGAAACACUAGCAUUUAAAUCCCAACUUAAAGUCUUUUUUUUUCUGUUAGUUCACAAUUCACCUUUCAUAUCUUGUAGUGGAAAAUACUUGUCUUCACUUCAGGUUCCUCACAUUUCUGUAGUUGAAAAUAAGAGUGAGCAUCUCUUGCCAACCUUUCUCAGCCCUAACUAUUAGCAUGUUAUCCUUUGUCUUGAUAGUGUAAGGAAAGAGGGAUGCACAUCCUGUAUGUUUUCUGAGGGGCUGAGGGAAGUGUAGGACUAAAACUUACUUUCAGAACUCACUCAUGAUGUGUGUAAGUAGGAUAACCUCUUCUGUCUGUGGGCAUCAUCCAUUUUAUAUACCUUACCUACUAAACAGUGUGACUUUACCUCUGGCACUGAACUUGUCUUCAGCUUUAACUUUGACAGAUCAACUUAGUAUGCAUGCAAGCAGCCAUUUCCUACCUAAUUUUAGGUACAGUGGCAGUCUCUUCUGAUGUUACUUAACACUGGCUUCUUAACAGUACUAUAUAUAGGCUGCCUUACAUUGUAACUAUCUGCAUUUUGAAUGCAAAAGGAGACGUCAUAGUACACCAUUUGUGGUUUUAUAUCUUCUAUUCAUCUCUAGAACUGCAAUUUUUGUUGUCUUCUAAGGUGUGACCACGAUAUUUAAAAAAAAAAAGCCUGCAUUUGCUCCCAUAAGAAAACCCACAAAGUUCUCCCUCAGCUUAGCUGAGGUUGGAUUCCUCUCUUGCUGUUUUAAACUUCUCGAGCAAUAAGAGAGAUUUUCAGAAUUUCUUCCCUUAAUUUGAACUUGAAGCACUGCUCUGUCAUUUAGCAUUGAGACUUCUUUUUCCAACUUUUCUAGAAAAUAAGAAUGAAAAAUCUCUUCAACAGAUGACUGCAACAAAGUUAUUUCUCUCUAACUGUGUGCAACCUGGCCGUAAACCUGUGCACAUGUUCUCUAACAAAAUGCAUGUUCACAGAUUUGUGCAGGUCACAAAGAUGUUGUGUGUUUUAAAACUCCCUGAUGUCAUCAUGAUCAACUGAAUUAUGUUGGAAAAUCGUACUCUUUGCAUCUGCAAAGAGAAACCACUUCUUGAGCCUGAUAGUGCAUAUCAAGGGGGAGUGUUUUUUCUCACAGUCCACUUUCCAACGGACUAUCCUUUCAAACCUCCAAAGAUUGCUUUCACAACAAAAAUAUACCAUCCAAACAUAAACAGUAAUGGGAGUAUUUGUCUUGAUAUCCUGAGAUCACAAUGGUCACCAGCUCUGACUGUAUCUAAAGUUUUAUUGUCCAUAUGCUCCUUACUUUGUGAUCCUAAUCCAGAUGAUCCUUUAGUACCGGAUAUUGCACAGAUCUACAAGUCAGACAAGGAAAAAUACAACAGACAUGCAAGAGAAUGGACUCAGAAAUAUGCAAUGUGAACUUGUGAAGACUUUUUCAUAUACCACAGAGUACUGUAAAUCCUAGGUUGUUUUUUUUUUCAAAUGUAGAAGGAAAUGGAGCACAGUUUACCCUUUCAGAGUACCAUCAUGCCCCUUGAAUAUUUUAUUUUUCCACCAUGUAAGUGUGUUUCUGGAGCAAGGGAAAACUUCCAAAAAUAACCUUAUGACUGUGAUGAGAAUAUUUAUCCUCUUUGUAUGCUUUGCAGAAGACAUUUAUUAUGGUUUUUAAGAGUUGGACAUCUGCAUCUUCAGACUACAGGAUCCUUAAUGCAGUUGUAAAGCAGCCAAAUUAUUUUUGCUGGAAAAAGUAGCUGUUUUUAAGUGAUGAAUACUGUAUGUGUGUCUUUAAGACAUGUUGUCUGUUUCGUGUGUUUGGAUUUCAUUUUGCUAGUUCAUUUAUAUAAUUUGUAUUUUUAAUUGUAUAGACUAAAUAUAUUUUAUUUACAGUGUAAGUCGUUUCAUUUUAGACUUACUCUCUCAUGCACAGUAUUGACAAUAUACAACUGCUAGUAAUGAAAGUAACUGGGAUAUCCUGCCUGCUGGGAUAUUCUAAAACCUGACUGCAGAUUUCUUAAAGCCUAAAAUGAUCUUUGCACUGUAAUUCUUUGUAUGCUGAUUAUGGAGAAACACUUGUUUUUGAUUCUGUUGCAUACUUGACUUAAUUUUAUUGCAAUGUGAACUAAUUGCACUGCUAUGUAGAAGAAUAUGUAACCUUUUUGUUGCGUUUCACACCUGAUUUUUUGACAUGUGGGCAACAUAACACUCACAGGCCUUUUACAAAUCUAAAUGUAGCCUUUUCCAUAUAAAUAAAAUGAAUUUUCUACUA